AUGAAACUUCUCCCCAUCUCUCACUUCCUGUGGCCUCGCUGGGGCCUAGAGCACAGCCGCGAGAUUUUGGAGCUGUUGCAGAGCGAACAGUUUGUCACCAGGCCUCUCCUGGUCCACGCCUUCUCCAUCGGGGCUUACACCUUCGCCCAGCUGCUUGUGCACGUGUCCCGAGACGCCCCACAGUUCGACAGCCUGACGCAGAGGAUCAGAGGGCAGGUGUACGACAGCGUGGUGGCGGGCUCUGUGGAGCACAUGGCCACUGGAUUGGGGAAGACCAUGUUCCCGCAGUUCGAGUCCCUGAUCAGACGAGCCAGCCUGACGUACUUUGACCUGUUCAAACGCCAAACACUGGACUACUUCAACACCGGCAUAGACGUCUUCUGGAACACUCCGGUCAAAGCCCCCGCCCUAUUCUUCUACUGCAAGAACGACGCCAUGAGUAACUGGGAGACCGUCGAUCAGAUCAUAGACCACUGGGCCAAGAGCGGCAUCCACGUCACGGGCAAGAAAUGGGAAGAGUCUACGCACGCGGGUCACCUCAAAAGACAUACGCAGGAGUAUCUUAGCGCCAUUCACGAAUUUCUGCAUUCUCGGAAUUUUCCAGUGCGCAGGUCCCCUGAGAACAAGAGUCCACAGCUGACCCCCAGCUCCUGGGGAAUGCUCAAGUGCUCCCCAGAAAUCCUUCACUCGCCGCACAACAUUCAUGUGAGAAAUCAUCCGUCAGAAAGGGGCAUCUGA